GUCACGGGCGACGUAAAGGUGAGCGUAGCGCACGUAAGCACGAGGGUGCACUGAUCGAGCGAGACUUUUUAUUCAUCUACGAACUCCUUGGAGCGUUAUAUGAAAGUUUAUUAAACAAAAAGAAUUUAGACAGAUUCUUUUUUGCAAUUGCAAAUUAAAAAAAAAAGACUUGCGUUUACUUUUCAUUCAUCGAGAAACAAUUUUUUCAACAUGCGUGCGUACAAGAAGUAUUAAAGCCAACUGUGUUUUUCUGAUCUCUCAGUCAACAACGUUUUGUUUCUUAGAAGAUUUUCACAAAAAAGGAGCAUAAAAGAGAUUGACAACCAAAGCCCCCGAAACGGGGAUGCCUGCAGGUGUUCUUGGAAGACACUGGUCGAGAUUCUUUGAGAAGGGAACCGUUAGACCGGGUACAGGAGUGCGGUCCAUUCUAUCAUCUGCUACGCAUGCAUGGCGCCCACAUCCGCUGCUGACCAAUGCCGCUCAAGCUGAUGAGCGCACGCCGGUGGUCAAGCAUCUCCGGUAUUCAUCCACUUGGGUAGACCGUUGGGGUCAUGUGUCGCAGGGAUCGAGGAACACGUACGACCUGGCUGACAGUGAGGUGAAGCGGGACUUCCAGGAUAUUGAAGGAACAUUGUUUGAUUUCCUUUGCCGUGAGGAUGGCAAGCUCUCUCUUGGACAGUUCCUUACAGACCUCAAGGCAACAGGACUGCGUGUUACGGAUCCUCGCCUGUCUGAGACAAUGCGCAACUUGGGCAACAACCUGUCUGAAUUUGAAGGCGGCCACAACAUUUACCUGGAUAAACAGACAUUCAAAGCAUCGGUGGCAGAAAAUAUUGUUCUCAUCGCCAAAGCCUUUCGCAGGCAAUUUAUAAUCCCUGAGUUUCAGAGAUUUUGUCAGAAUAUUGAUGAGCUGUACUGGCGUGCAAAACCACAUACUACUGGACAGGUAGCCAGUUACAUCCCACAGCUGGCUCGUGUGAAUCCUGACCAAUGGGGACUGGCUGUAUGUACAGUGGAUGGUCAGAGGUACGCCCUGGGUGAUGCCACAACACCGUUUUGCCUGCAGUCAGCUAGCAAGCCCUUGACCUAUGCUCUUGUGCUGAAUGAAGCUGAUCCACAUGUAGUUCACCAGUAUGUAGGGCAGGAACCCAGUGGUCAACGAUUCAAUGUCAUUGGCCUUAACUCUCAGAACAAACCCCACAAUCCGUUGAUCAAUCCUGGAGCCAUAGUGACCAGCUCCCUUCUACGCCCUGAACUAAACUCAGCAGACAGGUUUGACUAUACUCUCAAAAUGUUCAAACGACUUGCUGGAGAGGAGUUUGUUAGUUUCAACAACUCCGUGUUUCUUUCUGAGAGGGAAACUGCAGACAGAAACUUUGCAAUCGCUUAUUAUCUGAAAGAAAAUCAGUGUUUUCCUAAAGGGACCAAUAUGAUGGAAAUUAUGGAUUUCUACUUCCAGAUGUGUUCAGUGGAAGUAACAUGUGAUUGCGCUGUGAUAGCAGCAACGCUGGCAAAUGGUGGUGUGUGUCCAAUCACGGAUGACAAGGUGCUGGAGCCCUUCUGCAUCCGGGACACACUUUCACUUAUGCUUUCAUGUGGAAUGUAUGACUAUUCGGGACAGUUUGCCUUCAAGGUGGGACUGCCAGCCAAAUCAGGAGUGUCUGGUGUGAUCAUGCUUGUGGUACCCAACGUCAUGGGGAUCAUCAUGUGGUCACCUCUUCUAGAUGAAUGUGGAAAUAGUGUGCGUGGACUAAAAUUCUGCAAGGAUCUAGUUGAAACAUUCAACUUCCACAACUUUGACAACAUUCGUUUCACCACUCGCAAAAUGGACCCCUGCAUGCGUAUGGUGGAGACUCAGGCUAACGUUGUGGUUGAUUUACUGUUUUCGGCUUACAAUGGCGAUGUCACAGCCAUCCGAAGGUGUGCCUUAAGUGGGAUGGAUAUGAAUCAAGCAGAUUAUGAUGGUCGGACAGCCCUACAUGUUGCUGCAGCUGAGGGUCACAUUCAAGUGGUGGAAUUUUUGCUCCACAAGUGCAAAUGCUCUCCCUUUUUAGUAGACAGGUGGGGUUUUACAGCCCUGGAUGAUGCAGUGCGUUUCAAAAAAGACAAUGUCGCUGAAACUUUGAAGGCGCACAUGAUGCAAGAACGUCCUAACUUUGCAUUCAGGGAUUGCAGUAAUGACCACAGUGGAGUCAACCAGGAUGAAGCACAAGCUAAAAGCAAAAAUGAAGAAUGGCCUAGGUAGCACAAAUACUCAUGUAAUUUAAAAAAAAAAAA